CUUGAAGUGAGUGUGGGAGGUGGCGGCCGAGGCGCUGUCAUGGAGGUGGUACAGGAAGCGCGGGAACUGCUCUGCUGGGCGGCGGAGGAGAUGGAGGCGCCGGAGGCUGCCCGGGUGCCGGAGUCGACGCUGCGCAGGCUGUGCCUGGGCCAGGGGGCUGACAUCUGGGCCUAUGUCUUACGACACGUGCACAGCCAAAGAAACGUCAAGAAGAUCCAGGGAAACCUACUCUGGUAUGGCCACCAGUACAGUCCAGAGGCCUGUCGGAAGCUGGAGCUGGAAGCUGCUGUUGCCCGCCUACGGACAGAGAUCCAGGAGUUAGACCAGAGCUUGGAGCUGAUGGAUCAGGAGACCGAGGCUCAGGACAUGGUCAUGGAGCAGGCGCUGCAGAGCAUGCGAGACACCCAGCGAUGUGCUCUCCUCCUCCGGGCCCAAGCUGGGGCCAUGCGAAGACAGCAACAUGGACUCCAACAUCCCAUGCAGUGGCUACAGAAUCAGCUCAGGCACCUGCAGGACAUGGAAAAGAAGGCUAAAAUGGAUGUAACCUUUGGACCCUUGACAUCAGCAACCCUGGGCCUGGAGCCUAUGGUCCUGAGUGAUGUCCGAACAGCAUGCACCCUCCGAACUCAGUUCCUGAAAAACCUUCUGGUUCCUCAGACUAAAGGAGGCAGCACCCCAACCCCUCAAGAAGACCACUUUGGAACUUCCUACCAGCAGUGGCUUAGCUCAGUGGAGACUCUGCUGACAAACCACCCUCCAGGCCAUGUCUUGGCCGCCUUGGAACACCUGGCUGCAGAACGGGAGGCAGAAAUUCAGUCCCUGUGCAGUCCGGAAAGGCUCCAAGAUACAGAGAUAGCCAGGUCCCAGGUACCAGACCAAUCAGAUGCCAGCCAGGCCCUGCCAUCCGUGGUUCAUCUCAUCCAGGAGGGCUGGCAAGCUGUGAGUGUGCUGGUCACCCAGCGGGGCCUCCUCCUGAAGGAGCAUCAAAUCCUGACCCGGCGCCUCCAGAGCCUGAUGGAAGAGGUGGAGAAAUGUACCCUGGGAUCCUGCAAGAGGCAAGCAUUGGUGCUAGAGCUCCGAGACUGUGGCCUGCGGGCAGAGCUCAAGGCCCUGUGUGCCCAGAGCCAGGAACUGGAGGAGGCUGCUGGACUGCGGCAGCUUCUGCUACAGGAGCUGCAGGCCAAACAGCAACGGAUCCUGCACUGGCGCCAGCUGGUGGGGGAGACACAGGAACAGGUCCGCCUGCUCAUCAAGGGCAACUCAGCCAGCAAGAUGCACCUGUGCCAGAGCCCAGGGGAGGUGCUGGCUCUGGUUCAGCAAAAAGUGGUCCCCACAUCCAAGGCGGUGACACCACAGAGCCAGGAGCUGCUUCACUGUCUGGAAAAGGAGGCCCAGCACCUGCCCCACCUUCUGCUGCUCCAGCACAGCCCUGGAGGAUUGCAGCCCCUGCCUACAGUCCUGCCAUCCAUCCACCAGCUUCAUCCUGCAUUCUCACAGGGCUCCAGCCUCAUGGUGCUUAGCCACAUGCUGGGGCUCCCCACAGGGAAGGCUCCAGAGCUGCUUCUCCCGAAGGCUGCUUCUCUUCGCCAGGACCUUCUGUUCUUCCAGGACCAGUGGAGUCUCCGGUGCUGGGAUCAGCUCCACAUGAAGACCAGCCUACCACCUGGACCAUCCACCCAGGAGUUGCUGCAGAUCCAUGCAUCCCAGGAAAAGGAGCAGAAAGAGAAUCUGUGGCAGGCUCUGAAGCAGCUGGAGAACCUGCUGAAACAAGCUCUGGAGCGAAUCCCCAAGCUGCAGAGGGUUGUGGGGGACUGGUGGGAUCAGCCAGGCCAAGUUGCCCUCUCUGGGGAGCUCUGCCAGGGCCUGUCCCUGCCCCAGUGGCAGCUGCGCUGGGUCCAAGCCCAAAGCACCCUGCAGUAGCUGUGCAGAUGAAGAAGGGACUCAAACAGCAGUCAAGAGCACAUUCACCCUCACACCUCAACGCCCCCACCAUGGAAGACAGCAUUGCCUGGGUGUGUCGCCCAUUGUUUCUAUCCACACCUGCCACCCCCUCACAGGCUGUGCUGCUGUUCCUCUCAACUGCCUUACUCCUGUCCGGUCAUGCCACCGAAGCCAAUGCGGUGCUCUGGACCCAACCCAAGGUCCCCCUGAAACUCCCCUCAUCACUGUCACCCUCAACCUAAAGUAAUUGAGCACCUGCUGUAAACACUGAGGAUCCAGCACUGAACAAAAUGGACAAAAGUCCCUACUUUCAGGAACAAUGAAACACACCGCUGUAUUUAGGGAUUCCAGCCCCCUGGCGCAGUUGAAAAUCCACAUACAACUUUUGUUUUUGACUGCUCCAAAAUUUUACUAAUAGACUGCUCUUGACUGGAAGGAAGCCUCACUGGUAACAUAAACAGUCAAUUAAUAAACAUUUUGUAUGUUUCAUGUA